AGCAUACUCCGUCAUUUGCGACUCCCUGCGAUCGCGAUCCUCGCUCCUUCCUUCAACGAAUAUACGCGCGCCGAAGGGAUAAAGCGAUGUGGUCCUUCCUCGGCGAAAUUCCGGGCCUCUUCUGGCUGUACCUCGGGUUGGCGAUUUGCAGCGUUUUGAUUGACGCAUCGGCGCUUUUCCUGCUGCGAAUGAUAUUCGCGGAGCUGCGGUACUCGCUUGACCCGAACCGACUUCGGCUGAACCAGUACGCAGACGAGACGAGCUUCCAAAGUGCAGACGCGACCGUGUCCCAGUCCUGCCGCGACGGAGCCGAGGGAAAAGCGCUCCGUCUUCACGGCGUGCGGUUGUUUGCGGAGGGCCCGGCAACCGCGAGCGCCGAUCCCGCGGACGUAGUCGUGUGCGCAAGCAACUCCUUGGAGACGCCAUCCGCGUCGGCAGGCCGCGAAACGCCCUCGGUGCACCGCCCGAACCUCGUGCGCCGCAUCUGCCGCAGACUCCGGGCCCGCGCGCAG